CAUUUGUCAGCUGUCGAUAUUUCCUCCCGGAGUACAGGUUAGAAUUUUUAAAUAAUUUGUAUUUUUCAUAAUUAUCCUGAUAUAUUUAAGGAAACGGCUGUACAAACAACCAUAAACCUGCAACCAUGUCUGACUCUGCGCCCAAACGCCCCAUGAAGUUCCCGUAUACGAUGUCUGCCAAGAUCGCGCAGUUCCCGUUCAAAUACUACGUCGCAAACCAGUGGAUCUGGAAGUACUGGAUGGUUGGCAUUGGUGUGUCUAUCCCCAUCUUCUACAAGAUCCACAAAUUGGCAAACUCCCCCGAGAAUGUCAGCAAGUGGGCCGAGAUGAGAAGGAAGGAAGCGGCCGCUCACCAUUAAACUUUUGAUAGCACUUUUUCCGGGCAAAUCAAGAUUAUGGUAUAUUUAAGUUAAGCGAAAGUGAAUAAAUCAUGAGUUAGUUUA